CAGCUCAAAUGAAAACAAACUGGCAAAGAAAGGCUGAGGUCGGUCUAACGGCAGAAACCGACAGCAGCGGUCGGACGACGAAUCCCAAAAAUGUACGCUGCGUUGCCUCUUGCACUUUGAAAAUCCAAGGCAAAGCCUUUCGCUUACAAAUGUUGGUUAUGAGCAAGCUAAAUAUAGACGCGCUGUAUUUGGCCCCCAACAUGGCAGGUACCUUAUAUAGGGGGUAGCCUGCAUGAGAUAUUUUAGAAAUUUUCUUAUAUUUCAGCAAGGAAUUUUAUCCUAGUCAUUACGCAAUUACACGAUGGCGGGGGCAUCGGCUCCAUCUAUCGAAGAUGCUGUCGUCACGAUAGCAUCCAAGACUACAGCCGAAAGUACUCUUGACACAAGUUCUGUCAAUGUAGAAGCAAGCAGCCAAUAUAACCAGCUACCCUCAAAAGAAGAUGCUCGAAAGGAAGACUACAUAAAGAGUCCGCUGAAAGGUACUAAUGAUGGUGUACCUGCGUCGGCAGCCAGCACUGCAGCCGGUGAUCGUCCUCAACCUCGUUCUGAUAUAGCAUAUGUGGUCAAGGUCCUCGAAAAACAUCUUCUCGCGGCAAAAAGGGAAUUGAUUACUAUAAAGUCGGAUGAUCCGAGUGCUGAGGAUGAGGAAGCCUACCAGGGGAAAAUUGAGCGUCUACCAAUGUCAGAUUGGAUGACCGAAAAAUCUGUCAAGCCGAGCCUUCCUACGGUUGCCUUCAGAGCGUAUUAUCGCGAAGUGCCAACAUCAGCGAAGCGGACAACCAAAGACUCGUCGACUAAUCCGGACUCCCUCCUGGGUUCUGAGCAACCGCAGAGGAUCGUUAUUUCAUCGCCGUACCUAGAGACAGAAUUAGUUAGAAUUACUAACAUGUCACUAAGCGCAUCACCUAUCCUCAUGAAACCACCUUAUAAGGCAUUUGUGCAAUUUUGGCCAGAGAUCAAAAACCGGCUAGCCAAGUUGAAGGCCGCGCUGCUGAGACUAGAAACUCGAGAGACGGCUAAGUCGGACUUGGAUCCAGCUAGCAAGAGUGAAACAGCAGAGGAAGUACUGGGUGACACUGACGUAGACAAUCCUACCGAAAGGGAUAAUAGCGACAUUGUAGGAAAAGAUGAACCGUGGCUUCGCUGGAGGAUCUCGCAUCUUGAGGUCCUUCAUGACUUUAUCGAAGCCGAAUUAAGCCACCACCUCACGGUUCGAGCGAAAAUCGAAGACGGUUCGCUCGAAUCUAUAGCCUUUAGUGACUUAUGGCAAUUGUUCAAGCCCGGAGAUAUUCUGUACUCUAAAGAAUACGGGUUUGAGCAACUUUACAAGGCAUAUGCGAUAACAGGUGGUCAGAUACUGUUGAGAAACCGAAUGGCUUACGAGGUAGCCAAUAUGAGAAGGAAUGCUGAAGCUCGACGCGAGCGAAAAUCGCGCGAUCGCACAUGGGGGACCCGUUCAAGUGGAAGUGAUAUUGACCAAAACUUGAGUGAUAGCGAGGAUGAUUGGAAUGCGUAUCCGAGAGGUGCUACUAUUGGAAUUGGUACCUGGACAUCCCUCACGAUUGAUUGCUUCAGUAUCGGCAUGGAUAGCACACGCCUCGGGGCGAUCGACGAGUACAAGCGCAUACAAUGGUAUAUCGGAAAGAAAGAGCUGAGCCAUCUUCCUGUGAUCCCAUUGCGCUUCGUACCGGAUAAAGACGACGUAGUCAAAAGACUCGAGGCACGUGGCUUAAGAUGUGCGCAAUGCUAUGGCCAUAAGAAAUACGACGGAUUCACAUACGAUGCUAGGGGUCGUACCAAGAGAGAACGGCUCCAGGGUGACGUGUUCGUGGAUUUCGAGGAAUAUUAUCGUAGGAAAAGGGCUAGCGAGCCAAGACUCGGUGUUCUUCGUAGAACAACGCCGGAUCGGUCCGAGGUUGAAGAAAGGAGGCAAAUUGAUACUGAUCUGUUCUCGAUGGACCACGAAGUCGACCAGCAAAAAAGCGAUGUCUGUCUCGCCUCCGUGCUACUAGAGACGCAGCCGAAAAGUCGAGAAGAAGUGGCUCAAGAUCCAGAACAGUUACAACUGAUGCGCCAUCAAGUCAUUGCAUUCGUAUUUAGGACUCGUAGAUGGGUUCGACUCGAAAUUGAUUUCAUCGAGGACAUUGAUAAAAGCAUCGAAGUUCGCAAUAGCGGUUUUGACGACUUGGUCAUCUUGCCUAAACAUAGGCGACUUCUCGUUUCUCUUGUCGACAGCCAUUCCUCCAGUGCUCAUGAAGAACGAAAAAACAGUCAGAAGGAAAGUAAGCCUCUGAAUCAGCUUGAUCUAGUGCGCGGGAAGGGGUUGGGUUUGAUAGUACUACUUCAUGGACCGCCUGGGACGGGGAAAACAAGCACAGCCGAGACUAUUGCUGCCUACACCGGCAGACCGCUCUACUCAAUUACGUGUGGUGAUCUCGGGAACAACGUCGAGCAGGUAUUGGAAAAACAUACAAGUCGAGCUGACAAAUGGGGCUGUGUGCUCCUCUUAGAUGAGGCAGAUGUCUUCCUUAUGCGACGUGACUUCGUAGACACGAUACGAAACUCGCUUGUUUCAAUUUUCCUCCGAACCCUUGAGUACUACUCAGGAAUCUUGUUCUUGACUACCAACCGCGUAGGCGUCAUCGAUGAAGCAUUUAAAUCUCGAAUACACAUUGCCCUGAGAUAUCCAAAAGUGAAAUUGCCAACGACACUUGCAAUUUGGAAGGGGUGUCUCGACCGGAUCGAGAAGGACAACGAAUUCAGAGACAUAAAGAUCAAAUUCGACCAGGACGAGCUCAUGGAGUUUGCGGAAGAACACUACCACAAACACCACAAGAAGAACGCAACAUGGAACGGUCGUCAGAUUCGAAAUGCCUUCCAAACAGCGAUCGCGAUGGGACAGUACGAGCGCACGCGCAAGAUCAACAAGAAAGGGUUCACAGAGGAAGAGGCCUUAGCCACGGGCAAGAGCAAAUGGAGGACGAUCGAACUGACCAAGAGUAAUCUCGAGACGAUCGCCGAGACCGCGCAGGAUUUCGACAAAUAUAUGAAGUCGGUCCACAAGUUCCCAGAUGUCGAGAUAGCAAAGGCGGACCAGUUGCGAGAUGACGAUUUCAGCGAGUCGUCCGAGGAAGAGGAGUAUCUCAUACAGAAGGUGCCCAUCAAGCAGAGCUCGUCGCGGAGCAAGAAAAGUGUGUCAGCCUCGAAGAAGUCAGGGAAAUCCGUCGCCACGUCAUCCAAAGCAAAACAGAAGGAUAAAAGCUCGUCUGAGGAUAAUGUACCCGCUGAGGGAGCCGCUAAAAGCAGCUCGGAACAGGAGACGACAGAUGAUGAUGAUUAAUGAUAGAAAUGAAACUUGUUUCUGAUUUUCGAGUCCUGUUUAUUUACUGCCAUACAGAUUUCAACACAAGAUUCAUUCAUUAAUAUAUCAUUUUAGAUCACAAAGUUAUGUUAUGCCGGUCGUAACAGCGUACAACGUGGUGAUAAAAGGCAGCGAAGAAAAAGGGGUUAAAAGUGGGGAACAACACGAAGAAUAGCAGUAAUAGCAGAAGCAAAGGGGAGCAUAGAAGUCGUACCUGGCUCUAAAAUAGACGUCUUAUAAUGCACAUACGAUUCAUG